AUGUCUUCAAUGGAAGAAAUAGAAGAUGAAGCAAAAGCAGCUGCAGAGAAAAUGGUUAUGAAUAUGAUGCAAAGACCAGGUCAGUUGGAAAAAGUGGAACAAUACAAAAAGAGAAUAACACACAAGAAAGCUUCUAUAGAAGCGCAACUAAAGUCAGCUGUUCAAGGUAAACUAGAUGGAGUCAGAGUUGGGCUACAACAAUUACAAGAAUGUCUGGAUGAUAUACAACAAAUUAGUUUAAAAAUGGAUGAACUAGAAGAUCUUUUAAAAGGAGUACCGCCACUUGUAGCAACUUUACAGGCAGUUAGAGAGGAAGACUGUCGACACUCGCAAUAUGUUACAGCUAUGGACAGCCUAAAACACAUAUUUACUGUACCAGAAAGUGUAGCAAAGACUAAGCAAUGGAUUGGUGAAGGAAAGUUGCUUCACGCUCAUCAGUGUCUCAGCGACUUAGAAAACUCAAGAGAUGAUUUACUUUAUGAGUUGCACAGAUUACCAAACCAGUCUUCGCAUGACAAAAUAAUGUUAAAAGCAUAUUUUGAUGAUGUUCAGGCUGUUUCAGAAUUAUUAGAGAAACAAAUAAAACUAAUACUAGCUAGAACAUUGAACACGGUUCGGAAGGAGCCUACAGUUAUUGUUACUGCUUUAAGAAUAAUUGAAAGAGAAGAGAAAAGGGACCAAAUGGCAAUACAGCAGCAAGAUCAAUCUGGCUUUAUGCCACCAGGGCGACCAAAGAGUUGGCGACAAAUGGCAUUUAAGGUGUUAAAAUCUGCGGUUAACGAACGUAUCGAAGGCACUCGUGUAGACGAACGAGAAGAUGAUAAACUAUGGCUCAUCCGUUACUUGGAGUUAACACGACAACUUAUAUUAGAGGAUUUACGAGUGGUGAAAACACUCUGCGUACCCUGCUUCCCCCCGCAUUAUGAUAUAGUUAACAAAUACGUUGACAUGUAUCACAGUUGUUUAUCUGCAAGUCUACAAGAUGUUGUUCAAAAUGGUUUGGAGGGAAACGAAUAUGUAACUCUGCUGUCGUGGAUACUCAAUACCUACCCUGGUUCUGAAUUGAUGGGUAGCCCAGAAUUGAAUAUUGAUGUUUCAACACUAAAACCACUGCUUGCCAAUGACAUCAUGCAGAAAUUACAAGAUGAUUAUUUGCAGAAAAUGGAAUUAAACUACCGUGAAUGGAUGGACAAGACAUUGGAGUCUGAGCGAGCGGAAUGGGGGGGGCGAUCGCUCCCCCCGACGUCGAACCACACACUUCGGCCUUCCACACACACGCCCCCGUCAUCAUAUUUCAAAUGA